AAAUAAUUUUUCUAAACACUAUCCACUUUUAUUUAAUCACUUUUUUAUAUAUAUAAAAAAAGUGCUUUUUUUUAAUAAAACACCUGUUGCAAACACUCUCUUAUUCUUUUUCCGCCCGAAACUGUCGACAUCAGUCACUGCAAAGUCCUUGUCCUACUGUUUUGGCCUCUCUCGCGUGUUUGUGACCUCUCUGGUGCACUACCAUAUUUCAUAUCAAAAGAAUACGGAGUAAUAAUUAAGAAAAGAAUAUAUCUAUGUACGUAUAUGUAUACCCGUAAUAUACAUAUGUAUGGACAUGAUGAUGAUGAUGAUGGUGAUCUUGAGAGAGGGGAUAUGGUUGUGGGAAAGCAUCGCAGUGGUUGACAAGAUGAAGAAGCCGCAUGGAAUUCGUGGGUAUCUGCUAGAAUAGAAAUCACACUUCCAGAUCUCAAGCUUAGCAGAAUUCCAGGAUUGCUUUCUCAAUAAAAAUCUCCCCUUUUUCUCUUGCUGAUUUAGCUGGCCCUGUUUACGCUUCGAACCUUUGAGAUAAAUACAAUUCAAAAGAUAAAAAUUUUCUCUUCCGGACACUUCUUUCUUUUGGCCUCCCAGGCGUUAGUGGGCUUCUCAAGGAGUCCAUUUUUAGUGGAUUAUGCUUUAAAGCUUUGAUGCUUGGAUGAAGAAAAUGUAGAGUUUGUGAAGCUGUACAUGGAGUGUCUGCUUUUAUUGAAGAAGUCUUUCUCAAUAGUUAUGCAUUCCAUUUUGUUGUUGUUGCUAAGAAAGUAGUGAGUAUUUCGUCUUAAUGCAAAAAAAAAAAAGAAAAUUGAAGUGAGAAAUACAAAAGGCUAGUUGAAGGAAAUGAAGUGUCUGCUAUGGAAAGUACUGGGAAUGGCGAUUUGGGCAUUAGUUGAGAUUUGUUCUGCUACUCUUUCUCCAUCUGGUGUAAACUAUGAAGUGGUGGCCUUGUUUGCUAUAAAGACUGCCUUACACGAUCCUCACAAUGUUCUGGAUAACUGGGAUAUUAACUCCGUAGACCCCUGCAGUUGGAGGAUGGUUACCUGUACCUCUGAUGGCUAUGUUUCCGCCUUGGGACUACCCAGUCAGAAUUUAUCUGGGUCCUUAUCUCCCGGAAUCGGAAACUUAACUAAGUUAGAGUCUGUGUUGCUACAAAACAAUGCCAUCUGUGGGAAUAUUCCAGCUGAGAUCGGGAAGUUAGAAAACCUUCAGACGCUUGAUCUCUCCAACAACAAGUUUGAUGGUGAUAUACCAAGCUCAUUGGGUGAACUAGGCAAUUUGAAUUAUUUGAGACUUAACAACAAUAGCCUUUCAGGGCAGAUUCCAGAAUCUCUCUCUAAACUUGAUGGCCUUACUCUUGUGGAUGUAUCUUUUAAUAAUCUCAGUGGUAGACCCCCAAAACUACCUGCAAGAACUUUCAAAGUUAUCGGCAAUUCUUUAAUUUGUGGGCAGAGUUCCAAGAACAAUUGUACUGCAAUCUAUCCAGAAGCGCUGCCCUUUACGUCCAAUAAUGGAAGAGGUCAAUAUGCCGGAACAAAAAAACAUCAUGUGGCUAUUGCUUUCGGGACAAGUUUUAGCGCCUUGUUCUUAAUCGUCCUAUUUGUGUCGCUUAUAUGGUGGCGCUAUAGACGCAAUCAGCAGAUCUUUUUUGAUCUAAACGAUAGCUAUGAUCCGGAGGUAUGUCUGGGUCAUUUGAGGAGGUUCACCUACAAGGAAUUGAGGGCGGCAACGGACCAUUUCAGUUCUAAGAAUAUUUUGGGUACGGGAGGGUUUGGUAUAGUAUACAAGGGUUCCUUAAACGAUGGUACUCUUGUGGCCAUCAAAAGGGUGAAAGACUAUAAUGCUGCUGGUGGUGAAAUCCAAUUCCAGACAGAAGUGGAGAUGAUUAGUUUGGCAGUACAUCGAAAUCUUCUUCGACUGUGGGGAUUCUGUUCAACUGAGAACGAGAGGCUCCUUGUUUACCCUUAUAUGCCAAACGGGAGUGUAGCAUCAAGGUUAAAAGAUCAUAUCCAUGGGAGGCCUGUAUUGGACUGGUCAAGGCGGAAGAGAAUAGCAGUUGGGACUGCAAGGGGGUUGGUGUAUUUGCACGAACAGUGUGACCCCAAAAUCAUCCAUCGUGAUGUGAAAGCAGCCAAUAUUCUGUUGGAUGAAGACUUUGAGGCAGUUGUUGGAGAUUUUGGGUUAGCAAAGCUCUUAGAUCAUCAUGAAUCUCACGUGUCGACUGCUGUGCGGGGCACCGUUGGCCACAUAGCUCCUGAGUAUUUGUCUACGGGCCAAUCAUCUGAAAAGACUGAUGUGUUUGGUUUUGGAAUCCUUCUUCUUGAACUAAUAACGGGUCAGAAAGCUGUUGACUUUGGGAGAGGUGCUAAUAACCAGAAAGGAGUUAUACUUGACUGGGCGAAGUCGCUCCAUCAGGAAAAGAAAUUAAGUGUGAUGGUGGACAAAGAUUUAAAAAACAACUAUGACAGUGUUGAGUUAGAGGAGAUGGUUCAGGUGGCCCUACUAUCAACUCAAUUCAAUCCUUCUCAUCGUCCGAAAAUGUCAGAAGUGUUGAGGAUGCUGGAAGGCGAUGGGCUAGCUGAAAAAUGGGAGGCUUCACAGAGCAAUAAUAAUACUACAAGGUAUCGUACCACCCUUGAAAACAUGCCCCAAAGAUACUCCGACUUCAUCGAAGAAUCUUCCUUGAUCGUUGAAGCUAUGGAGCUUUCUGGACCUAGAUGAUGAUCACAGACAAGUAUAUUGAUGAGCCCCAUCAUCUAUUUAAUUUUUCAUGUCACACUUAAUAUUCUCUUUAUAGAUAGCUCUUGAGAGGGAUCACUUGUAUCCUUUUAGAAACUCGGGGAGCGGGUCAAGUGUAGAGUUUUUUUAUUUAGUUUGGACUUGCUAGUUGUUCUGUGUGAAUUCAGAUUUUUAGUACAUCGAGUUUCUCACAACGGUAUGGAGGACGUACAAAUGCAACGUGCAAUUGUAGAAAAAAAUCAGUUUCUGCACAGUGCGAUGUAAUUUGGCAGAAAACCCAAGGAUAAUUCUCCGAUAUGUUUAGCCAUUCAUUGAUGAAGGCGAAAUCCUGGUAACUGUUAUAAGCAAGCAAUCAUGUUUCACGAUCACAUAAGUUGAUAUUCAUUUUUUUUUUUGAGUAAAAGUUGAUAUUAAUGGAUGUCAUAUCUUGUUUGUU